AUGAGUCAAGGUCGAUCAAUCAUCGACAUAAUACAAGAUCCAGCUGCACUCGAAUCAUUUCUUCGCUCAUCGACUAAAUCUUCAACAAAUUCUACUGGAUCUCAACGAUUGCCAACUAACACACCUGAUCAAAAUCGUUUAACAACAAAUAUAAAUCCAACAAAUAACAAUAAUAAUACUAAUAAUAAUAUUUAUAAUCAAAAUACAACAAAUAACACAAAUGUACAAAUAACACAAAAUACAUUUAAUUUUAAUACAAAUCCAUCGUUAAUAACAAUGCCACAACAAGCUAUAGCAUUGAAUGAUUCAACACGUGUAUUAAAUCAAAACAUUGGUUCACAAACAAAUGUUAAUGUAAUAUUAAAUCAAACCGUUAUUCAACAACAACAACCAACUGUUCAAACAACAAAUCAACAACAAAUGGUUGCAAUUAAUAUUAAUGGGAAUCAAACAUUAAUACCAUUAAGUAUGUUUACUAAAUUAUUACAGCAAAAGUAUUCUUCUACACAACAAUCCACAAUUCCUUCAACAACUGUUACACAGCAAGUUGCACCAACACAAAUUAUACAAAAUGGUACAACACAAUACAGUACUGGGCCUAUCCCUCAGCCAAAUUCUUCAAAUACUCAAUCAACAGUUCCCACAACACUUCGGUUCGUUCGUCCAAGUACAACUACAACUACAACGACAACAACAACAACCAAUUGUCCAGCAUCAAAUUUAAUGAUGAUGACUGGUGGACCGCGAUUAUCAACUCCAAUUUUAUCUAAACCUCACACCGGUAAUAUAAUUGUUCAAGUAGCUAGCAACGAUACUAUACAAUCAAAAUUACUCGACAAAACUGUACCUGCAUCAUCGAACAGUGAUCUAACGACUCAAUUAAUGAAUGAUCUUCAAAGCAAUGGAAAAGAUCCCGAAAAACAAAUUACUUUAAUCGAUACAUAUUUAUCCCGAAUGCAAUCAACAACAGAAAAAGAUCGUGAAUUUUCUACACGAAUAAUACGCUAUCGUGAAACAUUAUCACAGUCUGUUGAACAGGCACGUAUUAAUGGUCAACAUCGACAACGUCUACUUGAUCAAUCCACAACAUUGAAUACGUUACUAUCGAAUCCAUCUAUAAAACGUGAAACGCCCGGAACAACACAACAGAAAUCCAACGGUACCACACUUAUACAAUUACCACUCGCAAAACAAGAUGAAUUAUUGAAUGCUGUAUUAAAGAAACUUCGCCAUGUUAAUUUACCUGACUUACAGACUCAAGGUAUUUUACCCAUGGAAUUAACAUUUGAACAAAAACUACAAAUACAAAAGUUAGAUAUGCAAAUAGCUGCUUUGCCUAUUGAUAAACAGCAGCAAUUUGCAAGAGGACAAAGAGAAUUAGUACCAAAAUAUUUAGCUAAACAUGCAGCCACUGGACUUAACACAACAACGACGUUAACUGUGAAUCCUCGAACGAAAAUUCUCUUGGGUACUCCGUCUGCUUCAACAGCGCUAAUAAAUGCAGCGAAUAAUAAUACACGUUCUUUGCGUAUAUCCAGUGCUGAUUUAAUCGGUCAACAAUUACGUAAAGAUCAAGCACAUGUAUUAAAACCCGAUUUCAAAUCACGUUUUUUAACACGUGGCGAUGCUAUAAAACGUUUAACACGUUACCAUGUAUUUACUAAACCUGCACCGCCCGCAUACGAGCCAACCGAUGACGAAUGUCAACAAUUUGAUGAAUCAUUCGAAAUCGAAGCAAAGCGAUUAUUGGCUGCCAGCGAACGACUCAAUGUAUCUAUAUCACGAUUCGCUGUAGCUAAUGAUCGAUUAAAUAAUGACACUUGUGAUAAAUAUUUAUUUGAAAAAAUGCGACUUGAUGAUCUUCGUGAACAGUUGGAAGUUGAAAAAGUUGAUUACGAUACAAGGAAAAGACGUGCGCUAGAUGUUGAAAACAGACCAAUAUCUGUGCCGAUUCUCGAUGAGGGAGCUUCUCCGCCGCCUUCAACGUAUGAUUUUCUAUCGAAUGCAUCAAAUUACAAUCUUGGUGCAGCAAUGUCCGAAGCUGAUUAUAAUGAUUUAUUCAAUAGUGAUCACAUACCUGAUGAAACAAUACGAACAAGCGAUGAAACUCAAUUAGCAAUUAAUUCAAUUGUCGAUUGUGGUGUUAUUGAACAACAUGAAAAUCCUACAGAGGUACCAGAUUCAGCUAACUUUUUCUUCGACGAUCUUGAUAUUGAUAAUCAUCAACAGGAUAAUAAUCAAUCUCAAGAUGAUGAAGCUUCACGUGCCGUCCAAAACUUGCUCGGCUUUUCUUGA